AUGUAUGGAGCAAAUUGCUCAAUGCAAUGUAGCCGAGGUUGUGAGGGAAAUAAAUGCAGUCAAACCGAUGGAUCAUGCACCUGUAGGGAAUAUUAUAGUGGUGACAAAUGUGAAAACUGUAUCACAGAUCGGUAUGGGGAAGACUGUUCCAAACCGUGUAGUCUGGGUUGUUUAGAGAACACAUGCUCUUCUACCAACGGAAAAUGUGAUUGUAAAGACUUUUACACAGGGGACGAAUGUGACGUUUGUGAAGAUGGGCGUUACGGGGACAGUUGUUUGAAUGCAUCAGCAAGGAAUGAACAGACAGAGACAGAUAAACCAAACGUUGGUGCGGCUGUCGGUGGGGUAAUUGGUGCUGUUCUUGUAGUUGCAGCGGUUGUCGUUGCUGUGAUCAUUCUUAAACGAAGAAAUGAGUUAUGCUACAAAAAGCCACGAGGUGAAGAACAACACAGCGAAGAAAUACAUUCACCUCAGCCAGUUGUCUACGCUACAGUGGAGAAAAAUAGACACUCAUCUGUUUCCGCUCAGCAAAUGGAGCCCAGUCGUGUCAAUCAGGCACAUCACCCUCACACUUCAUUAGCCGAGCACCUUGCUGAAAAUGGAAACAAACUAUACGAAGACAUAUCAAAUGGAACUGAUCAUUCAGGCAUCAUUCAAGAGAACGCCGAACAAGAAGGGGGGCACAGAGUAAACAUACAAACACAACACGUUGAACUGGUGAUGACCGACGAAACUACUAAAGAUGAUGGGCUUGAAAUUGAUGAAGAUGACCAAAUUGCUCGAGCAGCAGCAAUCGAAUUUGAAGAGAAGGGCGGUAUAUAUUACAACAACGCUGAUAAAAUCAAUAAACAAAAAGUCGCUGUUAACAGCUUAAUGAAAUACGUCAUAGAGAAGACUGACAUAGUGGUUGAAGAAGAAUUCGAGAAAUUUCCUUACGGCCUGACGAAAUCAUACGACGACUCCCAAAAGCAAGGACAUAUUCAACGGAACAGAUAUAAAGGAAUAUAUCCAUACGACGAUACCAGGGUCAAGCUCCUCGACUGUGAGACGGAUUACAUAAAUGCUAGUUUCAUAGACGGUUAUAUAAAACGACAUGUGUACAUUGCAGCACUAGGUCCCAUGUCAAAGCAACUCGGGGAUUUUAGUCCAUUUUGGCAGAUGAUUUGGCAAGAGAAAGGGGAGAAAAUUGUCAUGUUGACCAACCUUGUUGAAAAAGGAAAAGACAAGUGCGAGCAAUAUUGGCCAGACCUUGGGACAAGUAAAGUCUACGGCAAGGUCCAUGUUUCAUCCCAGAGCGAAGAUGAAUAUGCCGAGUUUACGAGGAGAGAAUACACAAUUUCAAAGGGAAGUGAAACCAGACAGCUUCAUCAUUUUCACUUUACCCGCUGGCCAGACAAUGGUGUGCCGGAUGAUGUCAUAGGAAUCAUUGAGUUCAGACAAAGAGUUCUGAACAUACCUGGCCAAUUUGAUGGUCCUGUUCUUGUUCACUGCAGUGCUGGUGUUGGUAGAACAGGAACAUACAUUGCUCUAGAUAUUUUGACAAAGGAGGGAGAGGGUGAGGGGUCAAUACACAUCCCUGGGUGUGUGAUUAACAUGAGACACGAUAGGGCCAACAUGAUACAGACCACGAGCCAGUACGAGUUCUUACAUAGAGCACUUGUCUGCUCGCUGAGUGAUAUCAGCAAACCAAUCAGAGGCACACAUUUUCGCCAGUACAUUAAUCAGAUGGGGAGAGAAGGAUUCAAUCGACAGUUUCAGGAGAUCGCAACAGACCUUACAGGUUCCUUAAUAGCCCACCUGGAGCUUCUGAAUGUAUAA